GUUGCGUGCCUCCGUAACUGUGAUUCAGCUGUGCUGCUGUGCUUUGCAACAUCAGUUGGAAUUCGGUAGAGCAGCGAAACGAACGUCAAAUGUUGCGGUGCGUUGUAUGAAACAAAAAUGGUCGUUAAUUCGAAAAUAAUUUUAUUUUUAUGCAUAAUUAAGUAAUAGUGUGUGAAAUUCUAAAGGUCGAAAAAACGUCAGCAAAUCUUUUAAGCAUUUUGAGUGUACAAGCACUUACACUUAAUUAUCCCAGAGCUAAGUGAAAGUUAGCUAAGUGUGAACAAUGUCGAUGGUUGCAUAUUCAAGCGCAAGUGUUAAUUCAGAUUUAGAGUGCGGUGUCGACGAAGAAGAGGACAUCGCCUUGGCGAUGUCACCGACCGGACAAAUAGCUAAGACACCAACACCACGUGACGAGGCAGAUAGUGGCGAUCAGCGGGAAACAUGGAGCGGCAAAGUCGAUUUUCUGUUAUCGGUUAUUGGAUUUGCAGUCGAUUUAGCAAACGUUUGGCGAUUUCCAUAUUUGUGUUACAAAAAUGGCGGUGGCGCUUUUCUCGUGCCAUAUUGUAUUAUGUUACUGGUCGGUGGUAUACCGUUAUUUUACAUGGAACUAGCAUUAGGCCAACAUAAUCGUAAAGGUGCCAUUACUUGUUGGGGGCGUUUGGUGCCUCUAUUUAAAGGAAUCGGCUAUGCUGUGGUGCUUAUUGCUUUCUAUGUUGAUUUCUACUACAAUGUUAUUAUCGCUUGGAGCUUACGUUUCUUCUUUGCUUCGUUUACAAAUGAUUUACCUUGGACAUCGUGUACAAACCCAUGGAACUCCGACUACUGCAAACCGUUCGAAGCUCAACAAAAUACAAUACCUCCCAUGCAGCCCACAAUUCAACCACAAAACGCUACUGCGAACAUCACCAAUUUUUCAUUUCAAAAUGAAUCGACAUUCAGCUACAACGAAAAUCGAAGUUUAGAAGUUGCAACGACCACAGAGCGAUUUCACUCAGCUGCAUCGGAAUACUUCAACCGCUAUAUACUGGAACUAAACCGAAGCACAGGCUUAGAUGAUCUUGGCCCCAUCAAACUGGAUAUGGCCCUUUGCCUGUUGGUUGUCUAUAUUAUCUGCUAUUUUUCACUGUGGAAGGGAAUUAGCACAUCGGGUAAGGUUGUGUGGUUUACGGCACUCUUUCCUUAUGUCGUGCUGUUGAUACUCUUCAUACGUGGCAUAACACUGCCUGGCUCCGCCAUGGGUAUUCGAUAUUAUUUGAAUCCAAACUUCAGUGCCAUUUACAAAGCAGAAGUGUGGGUCGAUGCGGCGACUCAGGUGUUCUUCUCAUUGGGACCGGGUUUUGGUGUGCUCUUGGCCUAUGCGUCCUACAAUAAAUAUCACAAUAAUGUUUAUAAGGAUGCACUACUCACCAGCUGCAUAAAUUCUGCCACCAGUUUUAUAGCUGGAUUUGUGAUAUUUUCCGUGCUGGGCUAUAUGGCACACACAUCGGGGCAGAAUAUUGAAGAUGUCGCCACAGAGGGACCUGGGCUGGUUUUUGUCGUCUAUCCAGCGGCGAUUGCCACAAUGCCGGGCAGCACUUUUUGGGCGCUAAUCUUUUUUAUGAUGCUACUGACGCUGGGUUUGGAUAGUUCGUUUGGCGGUUCUGAAGCCAUCAUAACAGCCCUGAGUGAUGAAUUUCCGAAGAUCGGCAAGAAUCGCGAAAUUUUUGUUGCUCUUCUUUUUUCGCUAUAUUUCGUCGUGGGUUUGGCUAGUUGUACACACGGCGGGUUCUACUUCUUUCAAUUACUGGAUCGUUAUGCAGCGGGAUAUUCCAUACUUAUAGCUGUAUUCUUUGAGUCGAUAGCUGUUUCGUGGAUUUACGGCACAAAUCGCUUCUGCGAAGAUAUAAAGGACAUGAUCGGCUUUCCACCAGGCAUGUACUGGCAAAUAUGCUGGCGCUUUGUGGCGCCCCUAUUUCUACUUUUCAUCACAGUCUAUGGCCUGAUCGGCUAUGAACCGCUUACAUACGAAGAUUACACCUAUCCAGCCUGGGCCAAUGCGUUGGGUUGGUGUAUAGCGGGCUCUUCAGUUAUAAUGAUACCCGCGGUGGCGAUAAUAAUGAUACUUAAAACGCCGGGUAGCCUGAGGCAGCGCUUGAAAAUUCUCACCACACCUUGGCGAGAUCAGCAAGUCUCCAUCAAUGGCGUUACGGCAGAGGCGACUCAGGUUCGACUCACUGAUGCCAAAGAAGGUGCCGAAGUUUGAGAUCAGCCAUUUGCAAGAUUUAAAAUUUACUAUGUGUAAUAUUUUCCGUUUUUUUUUUUUUGUGGAAAUUUUCAGCGAUUGAGUUGAAACGCUCUUUUUUUCUUUGGGAUCAUAGGAAGUGUAUAU